UCAGUCAUCGUUUGCCGAGCGUCGUGCGCGCAAGUAUCCAACAGAUACGGAUACACCGCAUCUAAAACAACUGCAACAACAACAACAACAAGAGCAGCAGCAGUAGCUAAAAAAAAAAAAGAAAAGAAAAGAAAAAAUUUUGUCCGCCGUAAGAGCAUAGAAAAUUUUAGUGAAAAAAGUGGAAAAAGGAAAAAGUGUCAAAACGCAAAUGUGUGUUAAAGUGUUUUUUUUUUUCCACGAGAAUAAAAUUAGUUUAGAUAUCGGAUAAAACAGCACUCAGUAUCUGCUUAUCUGGCGCGUUAUGAUUGUCGCUCAAGUUGCCGAACCACAACAACAGCAAAGCUAACAAAGCACCACACACACGCACACUCCCACACGCCCAUUAGCACACGCACAUAAGCACACGCCUACACACCCACAUACAAACUCACAUACACAUACACAUAAUAGCGAGCAAUGUGCUGCCUGCAUCUGAAGAACUUUAAAUGCGCGAUUCGAGUGCCCGCCCAGCGGUCAGCAAAGACAUUGCCCAAGUGCCAUAAGAGUUAAGGCGGCAGUCCGUGGUACUACUUAAAGGUUAACAGCAGCAGCUGCUGGACAUAACCAAAAAGCAACAGCACUCAUUAAUUGUCACACGUAUUCACACACAAGUAAGCGCCACUCACGCCUACACACACACGCAUACACAUUCGCACGCUUGAACAGCGUCAGCUGUACAGCAUGCCACGCCCACUAGUGCUGAUGCUCAGCCUGGUGCUGGUGCUGCUAAGCGGGCCGGUAUGGGCGCAGCGUCCGCUGCUGAAUCACACCUUCAACUCGCUGCCCAUGUCGCAGCACCAGAGCAACAGCUACAACAACUACAACUAUCAGGGUCCGGGCAAGCAGCUGCGGAAUGGACGCCUGCACGAGCAGCCGCAGCCGUUGCCGCUGCCCACACUGCCGGGCCUGGCACAGCCCGUCCAUGUCUAUGACGACUACGAGGGGGAGGCGAGCGCGGGCACCUUUGGUUCACGGCCACCGCCGGGCAGCCGGCGCGAUACACGUCGCCGCCUUAAUCUGUCGCACGUGGGCGCUGGCGGUGCGCCACGCCCUGAGCGCGGCAACGGGCAGCGCGGCAUUGAGUCGCUGCGCAAGGAGCUGAUGAAACCAUCGGUUGGCGGUCCCGGCGGCGGUAUCUCCGGCAGCAGCGCCGGCUAUGCCUCCUACUCGGCCACCUCUUCCAUUGGCAAGAUCGAUGGCCUAGGCGGCAUCGGUUCCGCGGAUCGUUACGGCGAGCGACUACGACAGCCCACUGGUGCAGCGGCCAUGACAGCUGGUCCGGCAACGGGGCCGUAUUCCACAAGAUUUCCGCCGCUCUACGCGGGCUUGGAUAGCCAGCCGAUACGCACGUAUCCGCGCAAGAAUUCCAUCAGCGAGCUGCUCAAGCUGAAGAAGAGCUUUAACCAGGCGGACGAACCGGCCGGUGGUGUAACUCACGGCAACAUGGAGGGCGACACCGAUGCCGAUGUGGAUCAAAUUGAUCCCAUCCAACAAAUCAAGGAGCGCAUUCGGGACACAGCGCCAAAACCGAACACAUAUUCACCACACACGGAAUCAACGCCAUCUACGGAAAUCGAAGAUUUGCUGGGCGUCAAAUGCAACUUUGAGACGCCCUGCGCCUGGAUUUGGACAGAGAAUCUGUCCGAUGGUUUUCAGGUGCUCAGCGGCACAGAGCUGGCCAAGAAGAAUAUGACGGGUCUGUUGCCUGGACCCGUGGCGGAUAGCAUAGAUGAUGCCAAUGGUCACUUUUUGUACGCCCGGGUGCAGCCCACCACAAAGCAGCUGAAUUUGACGUCGCCGUCGUUCAGCACCACUUUGGAGAAGUGCUAUCUGGAGGUUUACAUGCAUCAGAGCGAUAUGAGUCAUGGACUGUCGCGUGUGGUCGUGGAACCGUUGCAUCCGCAGGAAAGCAGCUGGGUGCCAGCCGAAAUACAGGGGGACAAUUUUCGAUCGUGGACGCACAAGAUAUUUCGCCUCGGACGCAUCUCGCGUGAUUUUCGCAUCGUAUUCGAAAUUGUGCCCGAACUGAAGCAGGGCCAGAAGGCGCAUGUGGCACUGGAUAAUCUGCGCAUGGUCAACUGUUUUCCGGAGGGCACCAAAUCAGAGAAGUGCAGCACCUCGCAGGUCAAGUGCAUGAUGAACAAAGUGCCCGUUUGUAUACCCCUGCCACGGAUUUGCGACAUCACGCGCGACUGCGACGAUGCCGAAGAUGAGCUGCAGUCAUGCGACAAGAUACCCUAUGGUGGUCGCUGUGACUUUGAGGAUGACUGGUGCGGCUGGCGCGACUCUGGCAGAACCACAUUGAUUUGGUCGCGACACACUGGCUCCUCGCCCACUCACGACACUGGACCCGAUGGCGAUCACACACAACAGCAUCUGCUGAACACCACUGGGGGCUAUUAUAUGCUCGUCAACAUGAAUCAGCACAUCAACAAUACCGAAAAGAGCUCGAUUAUUGGCUUUGCCAGCAAUGCCAUCAUGCUCAGCAAGAACUUCAAUCCGCCGCCCUCUGUGCACGGUAAUCCCGACUCGCCCUAUCGCAACUCGUGCGUUGUGCGUUUCUACAUCCAUCAGUUUGGCAAGAAUCCAGGCAGCAUUAAUCUAUCCGUUGUCGAAAUGAAGGAGAAGGAAAAUAUAACCACCACGCUCUGGUGGAGCAGCAAGAACCAGGGCAGCGAUUGGCUGCGAGCCGAAUAUGUGCUGCCCAAUAUUACAUCCAAAUACUACUUACAAUUUGAGGCGCGCAUGGGCAUGCGCAUCUUCUCGGAUGUGGCAGUCGAUGACUUUUCUCUAAGCCCCGAAUGCUUUGGCCUCAACAUACCCGAAGAGCAUCUUAACGGAUACAACUAUUGGGACGUUAGACAAAAUCUUAAGAGCCCGACACAUCACGACUUUGACCAUACCAACUAUCUAGAGUUGACAACUUGCGACACAAGAGGCAUGAUAGGACCAACGCAAACGCAGUGCGAAAGCGCCUACAAGGAGCAGAAUCAGAGCCAUGUGCUGCGCGAAGUCCACGUUGUGGAGGAUCAGAGCACCUACAAAGGCAUGCAAAAAUGGAAGGUGCCCAACGAGGGUCACUACACCAUUAUUGCCAAGGGCGCCAGUGGUGGCCUGGGCUCUGGAGGUGUGGGCAGUUCUCGUGGCUCUGUUGCCGUCGCGGUGCUGGAGCUGCUCAAAAACGAGGAGCUUUAUUUCCUCGUUGGCCAGCAGGGUGAGAAUGCCUGUAUUAAGUCCAUGGGAGUACACAAGGAAGCGGGCUGUGGCACGGAGCAUGAUCUGGACCUGGGACAAUACAGUUUUCGCUCCAAGCAGGACAUGGUGAAGAACAUUUAUAUUGAGAAUGGCGCUGGUGGCGGUGGCGGUGGCUCCUUUGUCUUUCUGCUCAACCAAGCCAAAAACGAGGCGGUGCCGCUGCUGGUUGCCGGCGGUGGCGGCGGCCUGGGCAUUGGCCAGUACAUAGAUGAGGAUUUUCAGCAUGGCCAGAAGGCCAAGCCAUUGCAGGCGCCCGAAAGUGGUCAGAUUCAUGGUGAGCAGCUAAACAAGAAAACCGCCGGACCCGGCGGCGGCUGGCGCGCCAAAGAGGAUCAGGCGUUGAGUCCCACCUAUGGGGCUGCGCUGCUGCAAGGCGGACGCGGCGGUCACUCCUGCUACGUGGAGCUGGCUGACAACGGCACCACGGUGCAUAGACAUGGCCAGGGUGGCUUUGGUGGCGGCGGCGGUGGCUGCAACACCGGUGGCGGCGGAGGCGGCUACGCGGGCGGUGAUGUGUACCUGAACGAGUCGAACGGCGAAGGUGGCAGCUCUUACAUCAGCAACAGUCGCAGCCUAAGAGAUGCCAGCGAGAUAUAUGCGGGCGCCAGCAGCGGCUCAGGUGCCAUUAUCAUUAUUCCAGCCAUUGAGGGUUGCGGCUGCGACUAUCGUUGCGUGGCCCUGGAUGAGUUUAGGUCCAAGGUGCGUUGCAUCUGUCCGGAUGGCUGGAGUCUGAAACGGGACAACAACACAGCCUGUGAGCGACAGGAGGAGGCCGGCAAGUCUUCCUUCCAGUAUCUGGUCUCCAUACUAAUGGUCUCCCUGGCCGUGCUCUUCAUCUGCAUAGCUGCACUCAUAUUUAUGCUAUACAAUCGUUACCAGCGCAAAAAGCAGGCCAAGAUGCGCCACAAGAUGCUCGUCGAACAGGAUCUGCAGCUAAGUCGCCUGCGCCACAACGCUGAUGACUCCAAUCUGAACAAUUUUAAUCCUAACUAUGGCUGCGAUGGCAUUCUAAAUGGUCACAUAGAUGUCAACAGUCUGCCGCAGGUGGCACGUGAGAGUCUACAGCUGGUCAAUGCCUUGGGCAAAGGCGCCUUUGGUGAGGUAUACCUGGCGUUAUAUCGCCAUCGCGAUGGCGAUGCUGUAGAAAUGCCAGUGGCUGUGAAGACACUGCGUGAGGAUCCCAAGCGUGAGAAGGAGGAGGAUUUCCUUAAGGAAGCCGCAAUUAUGGCCAAGUUUAAUCAUCCGAAUAUGGUGCAUCUAAUCGGCGUCUGCUUCGAUCGUCAGCCCUACUAUAUUGUCCUAGAGCUGCUCGCCGGCGGUGAUCUGCAAAAGUUUCUGCGCGAAAAUCGCAAUACGCCCGAACGACCCUCGCUGUUAACCAUGAAGGAUCUGCUAUUCUGCGCCCUUGAUGUGGCCAAGGGCUGUCGCUACAUGGAGAGCAAGCGGUUCAUUCAUCGCGACAUUGCCGCUCGCAACUGUCUGCUGAGCAGCAAGGGACCAGGUCGUGUGGUGAAAAUAGCUGACUUUGGCAUGUCCCGGGACAUAUACCGAUCGGAUUAUUAUCGCAAAGGCGGCAAGGCUAUGCUGCCCAUCAAAUGGAUGCCGCCGGAGGCUUUCCUCGAUGGCAUAUUCACAUCGAAAACGGAUGUCUGGUCCUUUGGCAUACUGUUGUGGGAGGUGUUCAGCUUGGGCCGUUCGCCAUAUCCCGGCCAGCAUAAUACACAGGUCAUGGAGUUGGUGGUGCGCGGUGGACGUCUUGGCUCACCGACCGAAUGUCCCGUGUCCAUUUACAAGAUCAUGGCCGACUGUUGGAAUCCCACGCCCGAGGAUCGACCCACUUUCACCAGUCUGUUGGAGCACUUAACCGCCUGCACACAGGAUGCGAGCAUUAUGAAUGCCCCGUUGCCCAAUAUACUGGGUCCGACGGCCUCUGAGCGUGAUGAAACUGUUAUACGACCGCCAAAUGGCGACGAGUUUUGCCUGGCUGUGCCGGACUAUCUAGUGCCGCUGCCCGGCAACGGCAUGCCACAUGCACCCGGUGGUGUUGGUGGCUCCUAUGCACCCACUGUUCAGCGCCAGCAAAACACCUGCACGCCGCCAGCUGUCACCUCGCCCGCCGCACCCAAGCCACCCCCAAUGCCGGAACAUCUAGAGGGUGCCGCUGCGCUUAACGGCGGCGGCAGCGAUUGCUGGGAAACCUCCUUCAUACUACCCAAUUCGAAGAGCGAUCAGCCGCUGCUCAGCGCCGGCGCCAUUACAACGAUGGCCAGCGGCGACUCGCAACGCAAUCUGCAAGCGGCUGCAGCUGUCGCAUCCAUGGCUGCCUCUGCCACGGCCACGCCCAUACUACGCUCGCCCACGCACAGCGAUGAAGCGAAGUUGAUUAGCUUGGAUACACCGCAGCCGACGCCGACGACCAUACAACCGCCGCUGUCGUUUGCCUCACAAUUGGACGGCAUCACGCUAGAUCCGGCGGCUUUGACCAAGAGCCUGACUAACGGUGGUGCACACAAUGGUGCUACUGGUCCCACUGGUGGUGCUGCUGUUGGUGUUGCUCUUGGUGUUGCUGCCAAUGGCAUCGCCAAACAGUCCUAUGCCAAUGUACAGGUGCAGCUGAAGGGCGAACAGGAGCGGGAGUGCAGCAAACUGAAUGGCAGCCUGCCCACUGGCAAUGGAGCGAUUAUCAAUGGAGAGACAGCGGCAGGCGGCGCCAGUGCAAAUGAUUCACCCUUCACCAUACAAGGCUAUGCGGAGCGUUACAAGGACAACAACAAUCAUUCCGAAAUCAGUUGUUAGAGCAGCAUAGCACAUGAUGUUAAACACAGGCUGACUGUUUGUGUGAAUUUACCGCUGGAGGGUGUCGCACGGCUGCAGGCUCAAAGCUUGCCCAAGGCCGAAGUUAUCGAUCAUUCAUUGCAGCUUGUGAAUACGGAUAUGUCUUGUUUAGGGCCCCGGCCCCAGUCACAUUUUGUUUGAGAGCUAAAACGCAUUAUGCAUAUUUAUGGCAAAAACAAACAGAAAGAAAAAAAAAAAACAAAUCGAGUGAGAAGUUCACAAAAAUUGUAUUGUAAUUUAUAAUUAAAAAUUUGUAUGCGUCAUAGAACACACACAGACACACACACAUAAUAACAUAUUUGAAACAAGAAAACAAAUAAUAAUACUGCAAAUUAGUUGAAAAUUAGUUUUAGUUUAGUUUAGUUUUUGUAAGCAAUUAGUUUGCCAAUUGCAAGAGGUUGUAUAUAAGUAUAUUUGAUGUAUUUGAAUAUCUUGAGUUUGCCGCAAUUUUUUAUAAUUGAAUAUUAAUUUUAUUUCUUAAGCUGCUGACUGAAAUGCUAAACAAUAUUCCUAAACAAGAAAUUUGCUUAUAUUUUAUACGUAUAAACCAUGCAGUCGAUGUGUGUCCAACAGACAACAAUAAAACAUACCAACGCAUAGCCAUUUAUUAAUUUAUUUUAGUUAUUUUCCUUAUUUAUAUUUUUGAAUGCAACGUAGUCCAUAUACAAACAGCGAGCAUAUUUUUUAUAUAUAUUUUUUAGUACCCUUUUGUUGCUGUUUCUUUUUUGACUUUUCUUUUCUUAUUUACCUGUAAAUAAAAGCUUCCGUCGUAGCAUAUGAA